CCCUAAACGUACACUAUGUUGUUUCACUAUUUAAUGAUGCCUCAUUGCCACAUUCUCUUACCAGCCAUAAUCUUUCAGAUCUUAUCUUGCUUCGUUUCCACCUCUAAAACUUGUCAAUUUUCCUUUCGUUCCUAGAUCUGUCAACCUCUAUCUAUGCUUCCAAUCUUAGUCUUCAUGAUCUAGCCUCUUACUGGAUUCCGGCCAUCAAAAAAAUUAGGUAAAAGAAAGGUUCAAGUGCUCUUCAUUUAUAUUAAAUUGCAUUUUCAAAGUGUUACAAUUCAAAUUCAUCUAUAUUAGUAUCUGAAUUUAGAGCUUGUAUUUCUUAAUAUCAGGGGAUUUAUGUGUUUUAAUGGAUGUAAUAUUAGGGUUUUAAAUCUUAACAAAAAAUCAUGUAGAUCUCGAUGUCCAAAAAAUCUCGAUGUGUUUUAAUGGAUGUAAUAUUAGGGUUUUAAACCUUCUUAUUGCAUAUCUUUAACAAAAAAUCAUGUAGAUCUACCAGGUCCAAUCUCGAUCUAGUCAAUUUUGGUCAAAAACAGGCAAAAUUGCUGGAUUUGCCAAGUAUAUGCUAAGUUUGCCGAAAUUAGGCCAGAUCUAUAUUGGAUCUGGCCAGAGCUGUCAUCAGUUCAACUUGUAAAAAAAAAAAAAAAAAUCAAUGUUGGUGGUGGUUUCAGAAAUGAUGAUACCAAAAUUCCCAAUUCAAUGGUAGCGGAAUCAUCAAAUCAACACCACAUAGUCCACCACAUUGUUAAAAGAUUUUCAAGAUACUGAGAUGACAUAGUUGAGUAUCAUCUACCUAGCUAAGACUGAUGAGCGACUAAAAUGACUCAAUGAAACCAAAGUUUUAGAGAUGUGAAAAAAAAUACUAAUAGGCGAACAUUUUUGUGACCAAUGAAUCUGUAAAUGUCAUAUAUGUUCGAUGCUGAUGGUUGUGCAUUUUGGAAAAGCUAUGGUGAUGGAGAUGAUGUGCUGCUUCAAGAUGUGGGAACUAGGGAUCCAUUUACAUCUUCUGAUGAAAAAUGGUACCAGUAUGGGGCAGAAAAGAAAGAAGCAGUCGAAAAAUACUGCUCUUCUGUAAGGACAAGAGACCUUAUGUCUGAAACCCUGUCUCAAACACUUCCUUCAAGUUCUGGAAGUAAGGAAGAAGAGAAGCUUGAAAUUGCGACUACUGGAAGCAGAGAAGAAGACAUACCCAAAAGUAGUGCAGAAGAGUACUGUAUUCAAGAGGUUUACAUUUUUUAUUUAUACACAGGUUUAUAAAUGUACAAGAAAUAGGUUCAGAACUUUAGAUACACAGCUGCAAGUAUUAGUUGUACAGUAAUUCAUAUCAACUAUUGUAAACCUUUUGUUGGGUCUGG